CGCGUAGACAAUUAUGAUGACAACUUGAGGGCAUAAAGCGGCCACAGGCUGGAUGGACAUUUACUAGAUACUACCUGGUAACUUGAAGUAUAUCCUUAUUCAUUUGGAAGAAACGUCUCCCUCCACAUGGCUCAACAUGCCUAUCCAGGCACUGCCAGAGGCAACAACCCGCACCCUUGUCUCUUCACUUGUGCUCAAUGAUGCAAAAUCCGUUGUGAAGGAGCUUGUCGACAACGCUCUAGACGCCCGUGCCACUGCCGUUAGCAUUGAAAUUUCGGCUAACACACUCGAUGUGAUCCAAGUGAAGGAUAACGGCACAGGUAUUGGCGUUGAAGAUCGACAACUCCUCUGUCGGCGAGGAUGUACAUCCAAGAUCAGAUCCCUAGAAGAUCUUUCCCGGUUAGGAGGCACCUUUCUGGGAUUUCGAGGAGAAGCCCUCGCCAGUAUCGCCGAACUUAGCCAGGGUCUGACCGUAACCACGCGAGUAGAUGGGGAGAUAGUGGGAACAUCGCUCAAGUAUGGCGCUUCAGGAAUGCUCAGUUCUUCGUCGGCAUCUCAUCCGGUUGGGACCACGGUUCGCAUCCAGAAUUUCCUUCAUAAUAUACCCGUGAGAAAACAGACGGCCUUGAAGAGCACCGGCAAGACCUUGCAAGCUAUCAAAGCCCUCCUCUUCGAGUUUGCAUUUGCCAGGCCGGAUGUACGGUUCUCUUUGAAGGUCCUGAAAGGGAAGAAUGAGAAGAUGAACUGGACAUAUGCUCCAAACUCAAACGACUCUCUAGGCGAAGUCGCUGCAAAGAUUGUGGGAAAGGAUAUUGCUGCUCACUGCACCUCAUGGAGCAUGUCAUCUGCUGAUCUCGAGGGUGGUGCCCUGCAAGACGGGUGGGAGAUUGAUGCUCUUCUUGCCUCUGCAGAUGCAGAUAUUGACAAGGUUCGCAAUGUGAACCAAUACAUAUCGAUAGACGGCCGAUGUGUCAACCCUGAUCGAAGAUCCAUGAUGGAUAUUGUGAGGACAUACAGGAAAUACCUCCAAGGAACAUUGGAUUCUUCCGAUUCAACUCGGAUAGCCCGGCCUUUUCUAGUCAUGCGGGUUCGCUGUCCCCCCGAAAGCUACGACGUUAACGUCGAGCCGGCAAAAGAUGAAGUGAUCUUCUUCCUACCAGAGGCUUUACUAUCGCUGGUAGAAGGUCUCUUUCGCAAGGCUUAUGGAGAUAUCGACGAUGGAAAAAACACAUUAAACCCCUCAGAAAAGGGUUCAAACUCGAUAUUUCGAACCCACGAAAAUAUGGAUGCGGUGAGUCUGGACGACUCUGAUGGUCUCGAGACUCCAAUGCAGGACAACACCCGUGGCAAGUCAAGGGAAGUCGACGACACCAUUCCCGAGGAACCGGCGCGUUGGAAUCCAUUCACUCUUGCGGCGAUGAACGCAGUAGUGAGGCCCAAGAAAAUGCAAGUUCCAGCACGCAGCAGCACAGUCAACCUGCCAUCACCGCCAUUGACUGGUCCUAAGACAGGAGAAACAUCUGAUCAACCGCGACUGCCUGUGGCAAGCUCACACAGAAUCCCGCUCGGAUCGGAAUCCCAUCUCCCUUCUCCUGACGCCUCUGGUUCGACUCGCGCAUCUCAAAAUUCCAGUCCCAUCCGUAACCGACCAACUGAUGCCCCUAGAAAUGUCGAAGACGAUGACAAUGACGGAGGACCAAGGCAGACUACAACAGUUCUACAAGCGUGGUUGACCCCGGAUUCCGCAGUCCGAGUCCAUCUACCUCAGCCAAACAGGACUUUGAACCUCGUCCCUCCAAGGGAAAACAUCUCUACGAACCCGGCGUUCGAACCGACCGGUGGCCGAGAGAGAUCAAUGUCACCACUGAAGAAGCUCCAAGGAGGGCUCAAGUGGGGUCCGGGCCAGAAACAAUUCAAACCGCCCUCGAAGGUGUCGUCUUCUCAUCCUCAUGGCCAUCCUUCGAUGCCACCUCCGCCUGAACCUGAACGCCGACGCCGCUCCCACUCACCACCCAGCAGAAACACCCCUGAUGAGGACGACACCACAGAACGUAACAGAACCAGACUAGACGCCGGGUCGGAGCGGCGCUCGCUUGGCUCUAGUUUUGAUCAGGAGGUUGAGGAGGACAACUUUUCAACGUUCGACGCCGAACUCAGUGAAAUCAUGGAUUUUGAAUAUCGCAAGAAAGCCGCCAUAGCACAUCAAAAGAGGCUGGCAAAGGCAGAAACAACAACAUCUCACAAGGAACUUGAACCGCGACAGAGGUUCCUAACCGAUCACGGUUCAGCCCUGAGUAACGAUGAUCGGACUACCUAUUUCACCGACGACGAAACCAGAUCGCGGUCGCAGGCGCAGUCACACACCGCAAGCAGCCGGAGGUUAGGAUUCAAUAAUCCACACCAGAACCGAUAUGUCGCAGCUUUGAGAGAUUUAUCCCAACCUUCUCACCCGCAACAACAACAGCGACAAUCCAACAACGAUACCGAUGACGAUGCCUCUUCAACAAGAGCCGAAGACGCACCAUCCGUGGAACACGAGAACGAAACCCCAGCACCCUCCACCAGUCCCAGUAUUUACCCGAGACUUUCCGAAGAUCAAAAUGAUCCACGGGCAUAUCUGAUACGCCAACAACAACGCCAAAGGACCUCCAACUCCAAGAUAUAUCGCACAAAGUCAUCCAAUCCAAAAUUGCCAUUCGAAUCUAUCCCCACCGACGCCGCGACUCUAUGUCUAGUUCUGCACACAGACGCGUUUGCAGAUUUAUCACGAAUACAGAAACAAGUGAGGGUGAUUGGGUCCGUUGAUCGGUAUUUGACUCAGAAGAUCGAUCAUGGACAUGACGACCAUCACCAUGCAGACUUUGAGUUGUCGUCGUCGGAAAUCAACGACAAAAUCACUCCUCAAGAAUGGGAACAUGUCCUCCGCGAAAUGAUUGAGCGGAAAUACCACCCACUACUAAAACCACUCCAGAUGGUUCAGAACUGAAGAGGAGGGCAUCGGUAUUUAUCCAUCUGAUUCACCGACGGUUCGGCAUGAUCAGCGUCUUCUGAACCUCGCGAUUUCGCGUAUUCUCACAGAAAACGAACCCUUCUAAUCAAUGCACUGGGACAUGAUCUUUCAUGUUGGCUUUGAUCAAAAACAAAGGGAGUCACAGAAUGGACGGCGCAUCUGAAAAUUAUCUCACCUUCUAUGUUUAAUCAGCCCACCGGCUGUCCUCUAACCCGUUUGGUUUUCAAGAGAUGUCCUUUCUUGCAGCAUCAAGGCGCUACAUUGAUGACGAGCUGAGAUCAAUAUGCCAGAUAUGCCAGAUAUGGCGACUGCGUCGGGAUGGGCUAAGAUGAAACCAAAAUCUUUCUAGAUGCCAGACAGGUGAUGAACCCCAAAAUUGAAAGUCUAUUUUUUGCUUGUUUGGCAGUGGUGGUCUAAGGGUAUCUACCUUAACUAUCUAUGUUCUUUUUCCUCUUGGUGGUAUGGUCUCUCAAAGCUUUCCCUUUGUGGCAGCAUCAUCCGUGUCCUUUUCCUGGGACAUGCAGCCGACAACAUUCUCAUUUUGUCUUUGUUGUUGUCCGAUUGAAUCCCCAAACAGCAGCUCAGGCUUCCUAGUGGCCAAAUCGAGAAUCAUUUCUCCAAAAGCACUGUUUCCCCACGCAUACCAGGUCCUCAGGAACUUCGAGCAAUCAUUGACAUUGACACCUUCAUGAACCAAUCCCAAACCACCACUCGACCUUUUCAGAGUGUCCAAACAGUUACAAAUUUCACCGUUGUCAUCACUCGUCAAGAUCUGCAUGAUGGUCCCGAUAGGCCACAUGGUCUUAAGAUCGAUGUGCGGACUUCCCGGGCCCUCGAGCUGCGAUCCAACCAGAUAGUAAGGGUUGCCACGACUAGUCAAAACCAUGCGUCGGGUGUUCUGGUAGAUAGGGUCGUUACGGUCCAGAAACCCAAGGUAGGGAAGUGACAACAAGGAAGGCGGGGAAGCGUCGUCCAUGAGAACGCGGGAUCCAUACCCGUCGACCUCGUAGGCGAAGACUUUGCCGAACAAUGGGUGGUCUGUCGUGCCAUGGGCGAAAAUGCCCUGGCGGACGCGGGCGCUCAGCUCGGCGCAUUCUUUGGACAGGUGGGUGUCGAUGUUGUGGAUGAGCUGGGAUGUGCGGCUCAAUUCGACCGAGAUCAUGGCGUUGCUGGGGAUGUGGAAGGGGAAAAUUGUCGCGUCGUCAGAGGCCCGGAACAUGGAUUUGAUGAGGCCUGUCCCGGAGGCGACGGGGUUGCCUGUGCCGGCUGAAAAGGUAGUCAGUAAGGGUCAGAAAGGAUAGAUGAGAGAGGUAAGUCUUAAGUUGUACCAACUUACAGUUUGGAGGCUGAUCUGGUCCAUUAUAUACCGACUUCAUGCAUAGAGCCGAAGGUCUCUGGAACGAAUAGGCUGCGGGCUCGCGUAGUUGACCGUCGUCGUCGAAUGUCGAUUGCGAUUGCUCGUGGAGAACUGUCAAUAGUGCCAUCAGGGCGGUGAGCCACUGUUCGUUGAGGACGGAUCGGUCGUUUGUUUCUUGCACAUAGGUGUUGGAGAUGCGCAGAAACGCUGCCAGGCUGUCGAGCGCAUAUUUGGCUUCGAAUGUUAUGGCUGGGUCGGUGGACGGGUGUACUAUGUCUUGACUCAUGUCGACGACGUGGUCGGAAACUGGCACAAUACCGCUUUCCCGGGGCGGCUGGAACGAGUUGGUGUAUGGUGCUUGGGAGAGGAAUGUGCUGUGCAGGUUGAUCACGCCUCUCCAUAGUUUCUGGAUCGCUGUGUCGACGGAGAGUAAUGAUGUGUAGGCUUGGAUUUGCCAUAGAUUGUCGCGUAGCCAGGCGGCGUCCCUGGUUUGAAAUGAUUAGGGAAAAGCAAAAGCAAGGACUGGGGGUUGAAUGUGAUAGCUGGAUCAGGUAGUUGCUUCGUCGGGGGUUUCAGCAUACUUACAUGUCACCGGCAAUGAUGAAUGAUUGAU